AUGACUAAAUCGUUCUAGGAAUUAUUUAGAAUGCAAUAAGAGUACACUAAACAUUAAGACUGGACCAACCUGUUUUUUGUUAAAGUUUUGAUUCAUAGGUCUUCGAAGUUUCACAAUAAAUUUUUAGCUAAUUCAACAAUAGAAAACUAAUAGAUAAGAAUGCAUGAUCCAAUCACAUUCGAUUUUCUAAUGGUUGAAUUCCAAAAUAGCCUAAAAACUUAGAUCUAGAAAUAAAUAGAAUAUUUCAAGUAUUUAUGCUCUGAUUAUUUUAAUUUAGAAGAGCUAAUGAUCAUCUCCAAAAUUAAUUUAAAUGGUAUUGAAAAUAUAAGGACUAUUUUGAGAGAGCUCUAUGAUAUUCAUCCUAAAGACUAAGCUCUUUAUAAUCUUUCACAAGUUUUUUAAUUAACCCUAGAUUUUUAUAGUAUUUCUGCUAAAAAGCUAAGACAAAUGUCAUCGAAAAAAUCAUACAAACACUUUUUUCUUACUUAAGUUGAUGUAUUUUCUCCUAACUCUUGCUCUGUAUACUGCAGUUUAAUUGGCAAAAAUAUAGAAGUUAAAAGAACCUCGUCAAAUUUCUAAUAAAUAUUUGAAAUAGAGCAAAUUAAUGUUCUAGGAAAACAAGUAUCAAACCUUUUGCCAAAACUUUUAUUCCAAAUGCAUGAAAUGACUAUGGAUGAUUUUAUCAAUCUAGGAAUAGUGGAAUCUAUUAACAUAGGACAAAGGUUCGCAUUUGCAUAAAAUGGAGAUGGCUUCGUUUUUCCAAUAAGCAUAAGAAUAAAAAUUGAAAAUUUCUUAGAUGAUUUUGGAGUGACUGCAUUAAUUACUAAAGUUAAAGACUCCAAACAAUAUAUCUUUUUUGAUGAAGCAUUUUAAAUUUCUGAUAUCAGUAGCUAUAUUUAUCAAAAAAUAUUCUAAUCAGAAUAUACUCUAAAUCAGCUUAGGAGUUAAAAUAUUUUUAGCUUUAUGCCUUUACUUUAAGCUCUUUUAAAUGAUAAAACUUUAUCUGAAGUUAACUACUAUAAUUCAUGUCUUUUGCUGAAAAGAAGAUCAGGUACAAGAUUUGAAAUAAAAUCUUUCAAUGACAGAAAACUGAGCAUUGCCUCAAAUGAAUCUAUUUUUUCAGUGAUAUUUAGAUUUAAGAGUCUAUAGUCUAAGCAUAUGAAACAUAUUAAAUAUCUAGAGAUAGAGAAAUUUUAAGAGGUAAAAUCUUUUUAAGGUAGAAAGUAAUAGCUUAACUUACUAAGUAAAUGUCUCAAUAUGGAACUUUAAGUGCAAGAAAACUCUUUAAAAGAAAAUUAAGAGUUUAACUAAGAAUCUUAAGUAAAUAUUUCUGUCCAAGAGAUUAAUUAAAACCAUAAUCAAGUUAAAGUUGAAAACGCAUUAAACAACUAUGAUUAGCUUAUUAGUAUAAAAAUUGAUGAAGAUUGCCUAUCUUAAUUUAAUGCAUAUAAUCAAUAAUCUAAUACAAAUAUAAUAGCAGUAAAAAAUAACGAUGAAGAAAUUAUAGAUAUCAAAAGAGAAAUUUCUUCAGAUCAUUUUUUAAAAGAGCAGUAAAAUUAUACUCCUGCAAAUGGAAUGAACUUAAAGGAUUAACAAAAUGAAUUAAUUUCUCCAAAGUAUGAAGCUUCCAGCUAUUAAUAACUCUUCAACCAAUCUAAUAAUAGGCUUUUUAGUCCUCAAUCUUUCUUAAAUUUAACAACAAUUAAUUCUCCUAUUUCUCCUUCAUUAGAAAAAAGUUUCGAAUAAUAAAAUUUUAAAGGAAAAAAUAUCCAAAGAAGCAGCUAAUAAUUGCUUUAAAAAUAAGUGCUAAUCAGGCAAUCAAUUCACAACUACUAAGAAAACAGCUAAAAUUAAGAAAAUUUUUCUAUUAAGCAUGCCAUAUGUGAUAUUAAUUAAAUUUUUCUAGAUAAAUGGUCAGAUUCACCAUCAAGUAUUAAUCUAAAUAAUAGAGGUUAGAUAAAUAAAAACUUUGAAAAUAUAAAAGAAGAAGAAGAUGAAUUCUCAUUUGAAAAUGAGAAAUACAUUUAGAAAUAGUUAUAGAGUGAAGAAAGCUCAAAUAGUUCAAUAAGUGGCUAGAAAAAAGACAAUUAACUAAAUGAAGAAUAGCAAUCUGCAUUCACAGGUAGCCAAGGCUCUUAAAUUUCUUCAAAAAAGAUAUUGAUCAGAAAAAUUACUUCAAACACUAAUACAGGUAUCACUAACAUAAUCGUUUUUACUGGAUUAGCUUCCAUAAUUUUUCUAUACAUCAGUGUCAUAACUUUCUACUUGAUCAACAUUAAUAAUUUAAAUUCAAUUACGAAUUUGUUUAGAAAGUUCAAUAUUGCAACCAUAAUCAACUAAGGUGUAUUUUAAUUUGCAAAGGAAUAAGUGUUUUUAACUGAUGCAAUUAUCUUUUAAAAUAUUCUCGGUCUUAAUAAAACAUUAACAAACCCUUUUAACAGCUCUGAAACCAUAACAUAGUUAACGUAUAUCCAAAACAUCAGUCAAACAUACUAAUAAGCCUUCACUAGAUUAUUCAGUAAUAAUAUUGAUGAAAUUCUUUAAUCUCAGAAUGAAGAGUUUUUUCAGUACAUUUCCGAAACUGAAAUAUCCACUUUCAGUGACUACUACGAUAACACAAUCUACACUCAUGAAUUUAGAAACAACACAAUACUAUACACAAUGCUAUGGUUUUAGUCUUGCUUGAAUUAGUUAUAUUUAUAAGGAGCUCAUUCAGAAUACUAUCCACAGUCAGUUGUUUUUGGAAAUAUUGAGGUUUUCAACUCAGCAAUUUUAUAAAUUUAAGUCAUGAUAUCAAACUAGUUAGUUUCUCUCUAUCAGUAACUUAAAGAAACCUAAUUAGAUUAAUUAGUAUAAACUUUAUGUUCUGCUCUAUUUUUGGUAGUAAUAGCAGUUCCCUUCAUGAUUUACUUUAAAUCUCAACAAUAUAAAACAAUAAAGCUACUAGGGUCUUUUCCUCCUUAGCUUCUUGAGCAGUACAUAAAUUUAUUUAGCUUUUAUUUGAAAAAAAUUGAUUAGUAUCAAAAGAAACAAAUAGAUCACAUAACAUAAUACCAAUCUUUUAACAUGAUAUAAUCCAUGAAGUCUAUCAGCAUGAAGCAACUGAGUGGAGUUUUUGAUAAUUAAAAAGUGAAAUAAGGAAAGAAAGAUAAUAGUUUAGCUUCUAAAAAAUUGAUGAAAUAAAAAUAAUAUGGCAAAAAAAGAAAUAAUGCUUCAAAAAGAUAAAGAUAAAUAGCUUCAUUUAGCUAAUCAAAGCCUUUCAAAUUCAAAUACAUAUUAAUUUCUUUACUUGUGGUAUGUCCUUUUAUGAUUUAUCCUAUAUUUAAUUUAGUUAAUGUGAAUUUGUUUGUUGAUGAGUCACUCACAACCUUAACUUAGAGGUAAGCCAUACUAAGCUGUUCCUCUUUUAUUCUAAAUUUUGAGGUUGUUCAUUUUAAGAUUUGGGAAAUAGUCUUUAGCUAGCCUAUUUUUAAUAAAGUUUUUUUCUAUUUGUAUGGUAAAAAUGUAACUGAGCAAGCUUAAGGAGUAAUGGAUGGCAUAAAGAACUUAACAAACUACGAAACAAGCUCAAGAUAUGAUUUUAGCUAAAGAUAGGUCUAUUUCAGCAGUUUACUAUUGAAUAGUGCAUGUGAUUAUAUAGAUUAAAUAAAUAGUAACAAAAUAGCUAGUCCAUACCUUUAAACUAAUUUUACUGGAGCACAAUGUCAUACAUUGUUAAGUGGUAAUUUAGAUAGAGGCUUUAUUUUAGCAAUCCAAGAUCUGACAAAUCUUUACCAAGACUGGUUUUCAACAUACGAGCAAUUUUCAGCCAUUUAGACUUCAAAUUAAACAUAUUAACAUGACAUCACUCAAUAUAUAAUAAAUAUACAGCAUACAAAAAAUAAUCUGAUAGACAUUUACAAUUCCAAUAUACUUCUGUAAUAAUUAAUAGCUUCUUUUGAAGAUUUUUUCGAAAACUAAAAUGAUAAGUACACAAAAUACAUCAUUCAAAUGUUUACAAUUUUGAUGGUAUUACAAAUGAUACUAAUUUUCUUAGCUAUUUCUAUAGUCUGGACAUCGCUCUACUAAAAAUUUAAAAAAGAAAUCAGCAAAACUAAGCUACUUUUAACAAACUUGCAUAUAGAUUUGAUAUUAGAAAAUAAACUUACUUUAUUACAUUUUAAAAACUAAUCAAAUUGA